CGCGGGCUGUUCCAUUUUCUGUGGUUUUCCUGAACAACAUUGGCGACAAGGGGCAUCUUGUCUUAUAUCAUCUACUGAUUUCUUUUUUCCAUCCGCUUAAUAACCCCCGGGUUAGCAUAGAGGCAAACGAAAACCGCCAUGGCGCCACCGCCCGAGAUUGCGAUACCCUCAACGAGCGUUUCCGACGAAGGCUCGUCAAAGCCCUACACUCUUUACAACAUUAGCCUCCGCCUACCGCUGCGCUCCUUCAUCGUCCAGAAGCGAUACUCCGAGUUCGACGCCCUCCACAGCGCUCUUGUCGAGCAGGUCGGCGCGCCACCGCCACAACCCCUGCCGGGCAAGCACUGGCUCAGGUCGACCAUCAAUUCGCCGGACCUCACACGCGAGCGACAGCUCGGCCUCGAGACAUACCUCCGAGCAAUCGCAGAGACGCCUGAUCGGAGAUGGCGAGACACUUUGGCCUGGAGAACGUUCUUGAAUCUGCCCAGUUCUAGCACGAGCAAUUCUACAGUGUCGGCGGCAGGUAUGGUUGGCACUGCCUCGGGGGUGGCUGAUCCAGGAGCUUGGCUUGAUGUUCACAGGGAAGUGAAGCAGUGUUUGCAUGAGGCGCGACAAUCCCUCUCGAGACGAGACGGCGCGGCCGAUAGCGGCAACUUUUCGGCGGCGGCGGAGGCUGCGGCGGCGGCCAAGAGAGUGCUGGUGAAGGCGUCGGGACUGGUCAGCAAUCUUUCCGACGGGCUUCGUAGGAUGCAAGAGUCGGGCAGGCUGGGCGAUGGGGAGAUACGGCGGAGGCGGGAUCUCGUCUCGGCGGCCAAGAUGGAGCGGGACGGCUUGGACAAGCUCGCCAGCAGCAUGCCAGGAGCGCCGGCGGCAACCAGUCGUGGCGGCAUGGGCCAUGUGCAGGCUUCUUCUUCCAACAGGUCAAACCUCUUGGGAGGACACAGGCCCGCGCCGACGGGCAGGGUGUUGGGCGCACCGCUACCCGAGACAGAUAGGACGAGGGAGCUCGACAACCAGGGCGUGCUGCUGCUGCAGAAGCGGGAGAUGGAAUCCCAAGAUCAGGCGAUCGAUCAGCUGGCGGCGAUCAUACGGAGACAGAAGGAAAUGGGCAUCCAGAUGAACGACGAGGUGGAGCGACAGACGGAGCUGUUGGACUCGCUCGACGAGGAUGUCGAUCGGGUCGAAGGCAAAGUCAGGGUCGCCAACAGGCGUCUUAAGAAGAUGUGACUGUGCGUCAUUGUGGCGCUCCUUCAGCUGGUUUUGCUCGCUAUGCGGAUUCUGGCUUACUGGUUCUGGGUUCUGGGGACGCUGUCUGAUGUUUUGACUUGGGCAUGGGAGUUUGUGAUUGUGAUUCUUUACAUGGGAGGGAAGCCGGUAUAAACGUCCUUUUUAAUCAUUUUCUGCCUGUUUCUGUUUACCUUUUAUUAUUUCAAUGCGGAGGAGUUUGGAGAGAUUGAGCAAGCGAGCGAGACGAUGAAAGCACUUUUUUUACGAGCAUGCAAUGCGCAGUCCUUUACUGUUUCUUU